AUUUAGGAGGACAUUGCACUAAACUAGCUAAGCGUUGGAUGCAAUCUCAUUGUAUCACAAAUAUAUAUUUCGGACUUGGCUCUGGAAAAAGGCUGAUAUUCUGGACCAGAGGGCUCUGUGCAGCUGCAAAUCGUUCCCCAUUAAUGACUCUUUUGCUCCUCCUUCUGCCAUCAAUUCAUCCUCAACAUUGACAUGUUGUUUACGUUUGUGAUCGGUUUAUUGGCGUCGGUCCAUGCGACCAAUCGAGGUCAAUGGGGAGUCUUCGAAAAUAAUGAGGGACAGUGGAGCGAGGUUGUCGAGCGCGAUGUUUGUAUCGUAGGGGGAGGGGCAAGCGGUGUCCAUGCUGCCGUCUCACUUGUUGACCUUAACAAGACCGUCGUCGUCGUUGAGCGAAGGAACCGCCUUGGAGGUGAUACACAUACCUACAUGCAUCCGGAGACAGGUGGCCUUGUAGACAUCGGCGUCGUGAUAUUUCAGCCCCUUCAAGCUGUGUUCGACUUCUUCAAGAAGCUGGACUUGCCCCUCUUGAACUUGUCGGCAGUUACAACGAACACACCGGGUCAACCGGCAAACACAUCGCAACCUGCAUUCACGUUUGCGACAUUGCGUACCUAUCUAGAUUUUCGGGAUGGAUCCAAUAUCACCCGUCCAACCGUCACUGACGAGGAAGUGGCUGAGGCCUUUCGGAGAAUGUCGGAUGCGCUAUCACCAUAUGACUAUAUUUUACAUGGUUAUGAUCUCCCAGAUCCUGUUCCAGAGGAUCUAUUCAUGCCAUACGGGGCCUUUGUUGAGAAGUACAACCUUUCAGCUGCGUUCCAAAUUGUUUAUCAGAUCAGUCAAGGCAUGGGCGAUCUGCUUCAUAUACCCACAAUCUAUGCCGCUAAAUACUUCAACAGAGGAGAUAUUACCGCGUUAACCCAAGGCUAUCUUACCCAUGCCCGUGGAAAUAACUCAGAGAUAUACAGUAGAGCAGGAGACUAUAUUUCCACGGACAACGUCAUGCUUGAGUCCACCGUGGUGUCUAGCAGGCGACAAAAAAGUUCUACCACCAAUGCAAGUCGUGCAGAACUAUUGGUAUCCACACGCAAUGAGGGCUUAAAGCUUCUCUCAUGCAGCCAGAUCAUUCUUGCUAUCCCACCUGAACUUUCCAAUUUGGCUGGGUGGGAUCUCACGGAACAGGAACAAGAUGUGUUCUCCAGCUUCAUAUCUGCCAAUGGCUAUUGGACGGGUCUGGUCAAAAACGUCGGACUCAACCAGACACUCACGUCCUUGAAUGGAGCAUCCAACACGCCGUUUAACAUACCAGUCCUGCCCGCAUUGUACGCUCUGAGCCCCGUUGGUAUCAUCGACGACGUUUGGUCGAUCAAAUUUGGUGCCAACAUGCCCACCAUGUUGGACGACCAGGUCAAAUCGUAUGUUGAACGAGAGAUCCAGACGAUACAGCAUGUUCAGAAUGCAACUGUGACACAGCCAGAAUGGCUUAUAUUCGAGUCACAUGCGCCGUUUCAUUUGCAAGUUUCCCCUGAAGACAUCAGGGGUGGGUUUUUCAAGCGAUUAAACGCUCUUCAAGGUAGUUUAGAUGGCACGAUGUUCUACACAGGAGCGGCAUUCCACACCCACCAUAGUAGUUUACUCUGGCGAUUUAAUCGUGAGGUACUUCUGCCAAAGAUGAUGGAGUACUGGUAGGGUAGAUUAGUGUGACAAAGGCUCUUGUAGAGGGCUUGGAACUUAGUCAUAUUCAAUCAUAAUUUACUAGGGGUCUCUAGCGCCUUGUUUUCUUUCCUUCUUUGAAGUGGGAGAAACCCUGGGUUCCUGAUGCUCAUUCUGGCCUUCAUACAAUCCAGGACUCCUUCACCCGUUGGGGGUUUUUGCCUUAACUGUUGGUUCCCUCGCAUAUAACAAUCUGACCUUGUGACUUCACAUAUCCAAUCGCUUAUAGCUUCACUCUCCGCAAGGAUAC